CCUGCCCCCUCCCCAGAGCGCCAGGCAGGUCCCAGGGAGUCGGGGUGCAGGGGGUGCUGGUCUCAGGGCUCGGGGGGGGUUCGAGCUUUGGUGGUCCCGGUGCUGGAAGGUGCCGGCAGAGCCCCAGCCGUCGCAGCACUCAUCGAGGCGAACAGGCAUCCCCCUUCCGUCCCUUUCCUGCAUCCCCAGCCGAGCGCAGCCCCCCACCAUGAAAGCCAUCAGCCCGGUGCGAUCCGUCCGGAGCUGCUACGAGGCCGUCUGCUGCCUCUCGGAGCAGAGCUUGGGCAUCGCCCGGGGGAGCAGCAACAAGAGCCCGGCCUUGGAAGAGCCCAUGAACUUGCUUUACGAUAUGAACGAUUGCUAUUCCAAACUGCGGGAGCUGGUGCCGGGUAUCCCGCAAGGCACCAAGGUGAGCCAGGUGGAGAUCCUCCAGCAUGUCAUCGACUACAUCUUCGACCUCCAGAUUGUGCUGGAGGAGGGGGCCAAGGGCCGCGACCCCUCCUCCGAGGCCACCCUCCUCUCCCUCAAGGCGGCCGAGCUCGCCUCUGAACUCUGCUCCAAAGACGAGAGAAGUUUGUGUCACUAACGGCUCCUCUAUCAGCAAACAGGCAGCGAGCGGCGGUUCCUGGUUCGUUAUCAGCCGGAGGUAAAUAGCAGCUUCCUCCGUGGCGCCGGGCUGUCUGCGACCUCCCGGCCCCGCAUCGCCUCCCUCGGGUCCGGGCACCGCAGGCGGGGAGCGGCUGGUCCCGACCCCCCCAUCCCUCCACCGCCAGCACCUCACACCCCCCCCUCCGUGUACCCCCCAACGAAACGAACUUGCGGAGCGCAGCAUCCCGGCUUUAGCAGGACUUUGGACCCGAACCUAAAUGAGAUACUUUCAAUGAUAGACUGAUGAAGAGGCGGUUGUCUGUAUAUUUUUGGAUUAUAGCAGCGAGUCCUUUUUUUAAAGGUGUUUAAUGGGGUUGGGGAGGGAAGGGGGGGAAUAGGGGGUUUUGGGGAGUAGGGGGGACAUCCUCGAGUAUGAACCAAACUCUGGGGCCGCGGCCUCGUGUAUUGUGGAGCUCUAUACUAGAGUAUAACGUUUUGUACCUUUUGUGCAGGAAGGUGAAUUUCUGCGAACAUGCCUUGUACUUGCUUUAUAAACUUUUUAUAAAAGUUACUGUUUUUACAUAAUAAAAAAAAAACCAAA